UUAGUUUAGUUGCAUUAUAGUCGUGGUUCUAGUGUAACGUUAUGGCUAACAAAGUCGCAAAUGGAUUGAAUAUUUUAAAACGAGGCUACGGAAGCUCGCUACCAAAAUGUGAUUUUAUGCCUAAAGAAUAUUGCGGGCCUACCUUUCAAAAAACAGACCAAAUCAAAGGAGAGAAUCUACCGCCAGCACUUUUUAACAUUUAUAAGAAACCCGUGGUACUCCACCAGGGUUAUAUGCAAUGGUUGUUCGAUCAUGAAGGCAAGAGAUACCUUGAUUUAUUCGGUGGGAUAGUCACAGUGUCUGUUGGUCACUGUCAUCCGAAAGUAACAGCGGCAUUACAGGAGCAAAUAAAAACACUUUGGCACACCACUAACAUCUACAGACAUCCCAAAAUAUACGAAUACGUUGAGAAAUUCACGUCUAAAUUCGGGAAUGAUUUGAAAGUGGUAUAUUUAGUAAAUAGUGGGACUGAAGCGAAUGACCUAGCUAUGCUAUUGGCUAAGGCAUACACGGGCAACAAUGACGUUAUAUCUCUCCAAGGCUCCUACCACGGGUACUCGAGUACCAUCAUGGGAUUGACUGGCACAAGGUCAUAUAGAAUGCCCAUACCUGUACCACCGGGAAUACAUCAUGCAAUGCUCCCAGACCCACUACGCGGCAUCUGGGGUGGAUGCAGGGACUCGAUCUCACAGGUGUCAGGGUCCUGCUCGUGCCCUGGUGAAUGCGUGACCUCCGACAAAUACAUUCAUCAAUUGGAAGAGCUAAUAGGUAACUCGAUCCCGGUGGGCGGUGUGGCUGCUAUGUUUGCAGAAUCUAUCCAGGGUGUCAAUGGCACUAUGCAGUUUCCAAAAGGAUACCUCAGAAAAGCCAGUGAAGUGGUCAGAAAACAUGGCGGCGUGUUCAUAUCUGACGAGGUACAGACUGGUUUCGGUCGUACCGGCGAUGCUUUUUGGGGUUUCGAAAACCACGAAGUGAAACCGGACAUUGUAACCAUGGCUAAAGGCAUUGGUAACGGAUUCCCUAUGGCAGCUGUGGUAACCACGCAAGAAAUAGCUGCGGUACAUACUAAAGCAUCGUAUUUCAACACAUUUGGUGGAAAUCCUAUGGCCGCCGCGGUGGGAAAAGCUGUUUUAGAAGUUAUAGAAGAGGAAAACCUACAAGCAAAUUGCAAAAAACUGGGCAAAUAUUUCAUAGAACAGUUGAUGCAGUUGCAAUCUGUGUACCCUGUGAUUGGAGACGUAAGAGGGAAAGGCCUUAUGCUGGGCGUCGAGUUUGUCGAGCCAGGCACAAAAACACCGCUAAGCCCUACAGAUGUAGGCGAUAUUAUGGAGGGCAUGAAGGAUCUAGGUGUACUCAUUGGACGCGGUGGGCGCUGGAAUAAUGUGUUAAGAAUUAAACCUCCCAUGUGCAUAACGGAAAAUGACUAUUCAUCAAAGGUUGUAAAAUGUGUGGAAACAGAAGAUUCAUUGAUUGAUUACGGCAAAGUAUCUCCAUUCAAAGGUUAUGAAGUGACUUUGGAGAACACAAUCUUGUUCCCAGCUGGAGGAGGACAGCCUCAUGAUGUGGGUUGGUUGAACAACAUAGAAGUUGUACAAGUACUUCGGAAAGGUAAUGAGGCUGUACAUUUCACAAAAGAGCCUGUAGAAAUUGGUACAAACGUACGACAAAAAGUUAACUGGGAAAGAAGAUUUGAUCAUAUGCAACAGCAUUCAGGUCAGCACCUUUUGUCAGCAAUAUUAGAAAAAGAACACAACAUACCUACAACCAGUUGGUGGCUCGGUGCAGAUGAGUGUAAUGUUGAGUUGCCGGUCACCAAGAUAUCAGAUGAACUCAUGAACAAUGUGGAAACCAGAUGCAAUGAACUGAUAAGGGCUGCAGUACCUGUAAAUUUAAAGUUUUAUAAAGCAAAUGAUCCCACACUGAAUGAGGCUCAUACCCGAGGCUUACCAGAGGACUGCAUGGAUACAAUAAGAGUGAUAUGUAUUGGUGAUAUUGAUGAAAACAUGUGCUGUGGCACCCAUGUUACCAAUCUAAGCCAACUACAAGUUAUAAAAAUUUUGGGUGCAGAACCGGGUAAGAAAAACAAAACGAAUCUAAGAUUUCUCGUGGGUGGAAGAGUCACAAGGACAUUUCAAAGAAUGCUUGAUAGAGAAAAGGCUCUUACAGGAUUGCUAAAAAAUGAACCAAGUAAACAUGAGGAGCUUGUGUCAAAAAUACAGAAAAACAUCAAAAUUGCCAACAAAAACCUACAGAAUGUACUUCUAGAGCUGGCUCAGUAUGAAGUUGAGAAAGUCAAAAGAGCUGAACCGAAGCCAAAGUAUUUGAUUCUAUUCAAGAAGGAAUCUACACCAGAAUUCAACCGAGCAGUAUGUAAGGGAUUGGAGAAUGAAGGACUGUUUAUGCUGCUUGCUUCCUCAGAGCCAGAUAAAGCUAAUGAUGGUCAAAUCAUCAUACAGGGUCCCGAAGAUGCUUGCAACGAUCUUGGGCAAUUGUUGAUUGCAGCAUUGAAAGCAAAAGGCGCCUUCAAACAUGGCAAGUUCCAGGGAAGAGCAGGAGACUUGAAUGAAAUCAAACAAUGUUAUAAAAUUAUUGAGGAUUAUUUUAAGAAUAAAUGAACUUGUUACCUGUUUUACUCAAAUGAAAUCUUUACACAACUUAA